AUGUCUUCAUCACAGGAUUCUUCAGACUGGACAAGAGUCGUCCGCAAGGGCCGCAAGAACAGACGAACCAACACGGCAUCUCACUCCUCCAGACACGUAAAGCCUCAGACAGAAGGUUUGAGAUCACCGGAGGAUUUGGAGAAGGAUUACAAGCAGCAUCGCAAACGAUGGGAGGACGAAGCGUACUCCUGUCCCCGUCUCCGUGAGCUCGUCAAGGCGAAGGUGUCGCAUUUGACAGAGAUUAACAAGGCGGUUCAUCUUGGCGUCGGGACAUUUGAUCCGAAUGAUGGGCUCAAUCUUGAUGGCAAGAGGUCCACGUUUGCGCAACUUGCGGCUUUUGAGAUCAUGGUUGAAGAACUGGAGAAAAUCACGGGCGGCAAGAUUGAGACAUUCUUCCAAGACCCAGCCUUCAGCGCCUCCGACAAAAAGUUCCUUGAGACUAUCGGCCACACUGUUCUCGAUGAUCCGAAGGGUACGCAGAUGGUUGACAAGAAGACGCUCUUCUUUGGCGUUCAUCUCUACAGACCUGUCUACAACGAUGCGCUAGAGGGCGAACUUCCCGCGCUGUUUGUUGGAACUAGUUGGGAUGAUUGGGGAGACAUCUUUGCAGACGAGCACAUCGAGAACGUGGAGAGAAUGCACAAGUCAUAUGAACGCUGUGACUUUCCCCAGGAGAGACUGGACUGUGCGUUUUCUACGACGAGUAUCUACUGGAAGCCCAAGAGCGAGGAGAAGGGUGAGGGUGAGGGUAAAGGGAAGGGAAUUGUGAUUGAGGAGGUUGAGAUUGAGGAUGGGGAUGAGAAGAAGGAUAGUAAUGGGGAGGAGGAGUUGGUCAAGAAGCUUGAGACUACUACUAUUAAUUAA